UUCCUUCAACUCUAAAACCAACCGAAGCCUAGCCAUUGAACAUAACUUUUCUAGCGGAUAGCGGUCCCGUGUCUUUUUCCGUGACACCAGCCCAUUGUAAAUCAAACCCACCUUCUCUUCGCAAAACUUAUAUUAAUACCUACUCCAAAACCUUUGAAAACUCACCAAAUUACUUCAUCUUCAACAUUAACAUCAAUUAUUUCAUAAAGUUCCCUACCCUUGCUUUUUUUAAUCAUUUUGUUACAAAAAAGUCUACUGCAUGGAAGCUGGUAACAAAAUCGGUUCAUCAGCAUAUCCCACUUCCUUACCCCCUCCGGUCCGUGGGGGUGGCUCGAGUGGCACCCUGGGAUGCCACUUGGCAAGGCGGCUCGUGGAGAUUGGUGUGAAGGAUGUGUUCUCAGUUCCUGGUGACUUCAACUUGACCCUCUUGGAUCACCUCAUAGCAGAACCCGAGCUGAACCUGAUCGGAUGCUGCAACGAGCUUAACGCCGGAUAUGCUGCUGAUGGCUAUGCACGUGCUAAGGGCGUGGGGGCCUGCGUUGUGACUUUCACUGUUGGAGGCCUCAGUGUGCUUAACGCUAUUGCUGGUGCUUAUAGUGAGAAUUUGCCGGUGAUUUGCAUAGUUGGAGGGCCUAAUUCUAAUGACUACGGGACCAACCGGAUAUUGCAUCACACUAUUGGGUUGCCUGAUUUUAGCCAAGAACUAAGAUGCUUUCAAACGGUCACCUGUGCCCAAGCUGUGGUCAAUAACUUGGAUGAUGCACAUGAGCUUAUAGAUACUGCGAUAUCAACAGCUUUGAAGGAAAGCAAGCCGGUUUACAUUAGUAUCAGCUGCAAUUUGCCUGGAAUUCCUCAUCCAACAUUUGAUAGAGAGCCAGUGCCCUUCUUUCUUGUUCCAAAGGUAAGCAAUCAAUUAGGAUUAGAAGCAGCUGUGCAAGCUACUGCUGAUUUUCUGAACAAAGCUGUGAAGCCUGUCCUAGUAGGUGGACCCAAAUUAAGGGUUGCAAAGGCACAAGAAGCCUUUGUAGAGCUUGCAGAUGCCAGUGGGUAUCCAAUUGCUGUAAUGCCCUCGGCCAAGGGAUUGGUGCCAGAACACCAUCCACACUUUAUUGGAACAUAUUGGGGUGCUGUUAGCACCAGCUUUUGCGCGGAGAUAGUGGAAUCUGCUGAUGCCUAUGUUUUUGUUGGCCCGAUCUUCAACGAUUACAGCUCUGUAGGUUACUCUUUACUGAUCAGGAAGGAGAAAGCAAUCAUGGUGGAGCCUAAUCGUGUGACUAUAGGCAAUGGUCCUUCUUUGGGCUGGGUUUUCAUGACUGACUUCUUAAGUGCAUUAGCCAAGAAGCUGAAGAGAAACAGCACUGCUGUGGAGAACUAUAGGCGAAUCUUUAUCCCUCCAGGCAUGCCUCUGAAGCAUGGGGAUGAUGAGCCUCUGAGAGUCAAUGUUCUCUUUAAGCACAUUCAGGAGAUGCUAAGUGGAGACACUGCAGUUAUUGCUGAAACUGGAGACUCAUGGUUCAACUGUCAGAAGCUCCGUCUUCCAGAGAACUGCGGUUAUGAAUUCCAGAUGCAGUAUGGAUCCAUUGGUUGGUCAGUUGGUGCCACACUUGGAUAUGCUCAGGCUGCUAAAGACAAGCGUAUAAUUGCUUGCAUUGGUGAUGGUAGUUUCCAGGUGACAGCUCAAGAUAUUUCAACAAUGAUCCAAUGUGGACAAAGAAACAUUAUAUUUCUUAUCAAUAAUGGAGGCUAUACAAUUGAAGUUGAGAUUCAUGAUGGCCCUUACAAUGUUAUCAAGAACUGGAAUUACAGUGGCCUUGUUGAUGCCAUCCAAAAUGGUGAAGGCAAAUGCUGGACAACCAAGGUGCGAACAGAGGAUGAACUGAAAGAAGCAAUCGCCACAGCAACAGGAGAAAAAAAGGAUUCAUUAUGUUUCAUUGAAGUUUUUGCACACAAAGAUGACACUAGCAAAGAGCUGCUGGAAUGGGGAUCCAGAGUUUCCUCUGCUAACAGCCGUCCUCCAAAUCCUCAGUAGAGGCAAAUUUGAAGCACCAUAAGCUUGAAAUAAGAUAGAAGGAUAGAAUUAGUUGACCUGGAUAAGAUUUCUGUCAAUCUUGUUACUGCAUUAUACUUUGUAAAUUGUAGCAAUUGAUUCUAAUUACUCUGUGUUGACAUGUUAAGCCGUUUCUGUUUCUUUUACAUGAUCGUCAUGAAGCUGCUGUAGGAAGGGAUACAAAUAAUAAAGCUUGAAUGCCUUAACUAGGUCCAGUGUUUUGGAGG